AUGACCGCGGGGCACGACCCAGAACAAACUAAACGCUCUGGGGGCCUGACGGUGCUCUGGUUGACGGGCUCUGCAAUAGCACUGCGACUGAUAACCCUUCCACUGGAGGCCUACCAGGCCCGUCAGUGGCUACGCUUGCGUGAGGCGCAACGACUCGCUUCCGCUGCCUACCAACUGCUGACCCGUUCGAGCCAAGUACAACUGAAUCAUCGGACCAGUGCCUCGAACGAUGACCUUCUUUCGAGUUUGACGUGCUUGCAACGAAAAGCGUUACAACGGUACGGCACAAGUCGCUGGAGAGCGCUUGUACCUUGGGGACGCGUUGUCGGCUUGCCAGCUUUUGUCUUCGCUGCACUGCGAGUUCGACAGCUCGCUUUGGCAGGUGACCUUGGCGGGACGCUGCCGGGUCUUUGGUUGAAAGAUCUCUCCGAACCGGAUCCCUUUUACUUGCUGCCGUUAUGCAAUAUGGUGCUCAUGUUGCGGAACUUGGAGUACAGCUUCCCCUUGAUGCCUUUCAGUAAGGCCGGAAAUACCUCUGCUGAAACGCGAUCGCCUCCUACACAGCAGUACUGGCUACAGAGCCAGUCGCUGAAAGUGUUGCUCCAAGGUGCGGUGCUCGUGAUAACGCCGGGGGUCGUGAACCUGCCCUCGGCGGUGUUGCUCUUCUGGUUGACAAACUCGUGCAUUCAGACGGCACUGACGAGCGCAUGGUGGCGCCAACGAUGGCACCGAUGGAUACAGCAGACCGCGCUACCUGAUAAGCAACGCGAACUAGACAAGUUCAGCGAUUCAAAGGAGGAGCCUGCAAACCGUCUUGAGGCGCAGCUCGAUCAGGCACUGGAUCAGGCUAGCAGAGAGAUACGCUGGGUCAACCGAGCAAUUGCUGAUGUUGUUCGACAUCGACCAGUCACGCCAUCCUUGCUGAAACAGGUAGAGUUUGAGCUGCAGCGCUGGCGAGCACGAAGGCUUAUUCAGCUGCCAUGGCGCGCAACUGUUCGUGACGCCCCGUCCGGGAGGCCGAUGUUGGCCCUGUAUCUUGAGAGCUCGGGUUCAGAGGGCGAGCACGCUGCGGCUUCCGAAACCCCGAGCAGUGCCUCUGUAAAGCACUGA